AUGGAGAAAUCUACUUACACAGAACACUUUGAAGAUUGCAUUCUGGACAUUCUUGGGCAGACGGAGCGCAUCAACCGGCUCUACACUCAAAUCACCCUUUGUUUCCCAGUCUCUAGCGACUCUCCAACCUUGCGCACAGAGAUCGUUGGCACGUUGGAACGUGGACUUGUGCAACUGGAGAACGAGUUCCCAUGGAUCGCUGGCCAUGUCGUCCAAGAAGAGAACAUUUUCAAAAUCAAGACCCUAAAGACUGCACCGAAACUAGUGGUGAGGGAACUGCAAGACGAUGGGACUGUAUUGACCUGGGACGAGCUGAAGGGAGAAAGGUUUCCAUUCCGUAUGCUCGAUGAAGCUGACUUUGCACCUUGCAAGACUAUGGUAGAGCCUGGAUCAGAACGACCGGUCUUACUGGUCCAAGUAAGCUUUGUGAAAGGCGGCGUCUUCCUCACGUUCAACGCUCAGCACGGGAGCAUGGACAUGGCGGGUCAGGGACAGGUUAUCACACUCUUUGCAAAGGCAUGCCGUGGAGAAAACUUCACGGAUAGCGAGUUGAAGAUUGGAAACAUGCAUCGGACGGGCCAGAUUCCUUUACCUGACUCCAAAGAGCCGGAUGAUUCUGAAUCACGGGAUUCCAGACCAGAAGAGGUUGGUCGAGAUAUGGAAGCCAGCGAGGCAACACGGAACGCCUCAAUUGCUACGCCUUCGAGUGAUAUCGAAUGGGCCUACCUCGAAUUCCCCGCUGCCUCAUUAGCCAGCCUCAAAACACUCGCCAGCCAGAAUCUCACAGCAGACGCCGCCUUCAUAUCAACAGACGACGUCCUAAGCGCUUUUAUCUGGCAGUCUAUCACCCGCGCACGGCAGCCACGGCUAGAUAGCCCACGAUCAACGCCCACGACACUCACUCGCAACGUCGACGUGCGCCGCCAUUUUGAUCUGCCACCCACGUAUCCCGGAUUGAUGACGACCGCAACAUGGCACUUUUCCUCCGUGAAUGAUCUAGUCCACCAGAGAUCAUUGGGUGCCGUCGCUUCGGAUCUCCGCGCGGCUUUGAAUCCCGACAAACUCAAGUACCAUGCGCAGCUCCAAGCCAGAACAAUCUCACAGGACAAAAAGACUGCGGCGCAGAGGAGCGUUGCUGCUUUGAGCAACCCUUCUUUCGACGUGAGGCUCAGCUCGUGGGCGAAGGAGAAGAUGUAUGAUUUAGACUUUGGCCCUUGCCUUGGACGGCCGGAAGCGGUGAGGAGAACCAGGUUUUUGGAAGGUGCCAGAGAGGGCUUGGUGUAUUUCCUCCCCAAGGGCAGGGAUGGGAGCAUCGUGGUUGGGGUAUGUCUUAGGGAGGACGACAUGAAGCGGAUGAGAAUAGAUGGGGAAGUUGUUCGAUGGUCAAGCUGGAUCGGGUGA